CUAGAGGGGCGCGCGCGGCAGGGAGGAGCGGGGCGGACGCGGAGCCGCGGUUAGUCUCGCGGGGAGGUCGUGAGCGUGUGAGGUAGCCCUUGCAGAGUUGCGCGCAGGUAGCUGCAGCAGCAGGAGCAGUAGCCGCCGUGUGAGGGAGCCAUGAAGCACUCUGAGGUGGAGAUUCUGGACGCAAAGACCCGGGAGAAGCUGUGCUUCCUGGACAAGGUGGAGCCCCAAGCCACCAUUGCUGAGAUCAAGAACCUUUUCACCAAGAGCCAUCCACAGUGGUACCCCGCCCGCCAGUCCCUCCGCCUGGACCCCAAGGGCAAGUCCCUGAAGGAUGAGGAUGUUCUGCAGAAGCUGCCCGUGGGCACCACGGCCACCCUCUACUUCCGGGACCUGGGGGCCCAGAUCAGCUGGGUAACGGUCUUCCUGACAGAGUACGCCGGGCCCCUUUUCAUCUAUCUGCUCUUCUACUUUCGGGUGCCCUUCAUCUAUGGCCACAAAUAUGACUUCACGUCCAGUCGGCACACGGUGGUACACCUUGCCUGCAUCUGCCACUCAUUCCAUUACAUCAAGCGCCUGCUGGAGACGCUCUUCGUGCACCGCUUCUCCCACGGCACCAUGCCGUUGCGCAACAUCUUCAAGAACUGCACCUACUACUGGGGCUUCGCCGCGUGGAUGGCCUAUUACAUCAACCACCCUCUCUACACACCGCCAACCUACGGAGCUCAGCAGGUUAAACUGGCGCUCGCCAUCUUUGUGAUCUGCCAGCUCGGCAACUUCUCCAUCCACAUGGCCCUGCGGGACCUGCGGCCAGCUGGGUCUAAGACCAGGAAGAUCCCAUACCCCACCAAGAACCCCUUCACAUGGCUCUUCCUGCUGGUGUCUUGUCCCAAUUACACCUACGAGGUGGGGUCCUGGAUUGGCUUUGCCAUCAUGACACAGUGCCUCCCAGUGGCCCUCUUCUCCCUGGUGGGCUUCACCCAGAUGACCAUCUGGGCCAAGGGCAAGCACCGCAGCUACCUGAAGGAGUUCCGAGACUACCCGCCCCUGCGCAUGCCCAUCAUCCCCUUCCUGCUCUGAAUGGCAUCCCCUCACCCAGGCUCAGCCAGCCAGGCUCGUGUCCCCCCGCCCCAGUGUCAUUCUGGGCGAGGAGUGGGAACCACUGCUCUCCAGCGUCUGGAAUAAAACCUGCCUGCCCAGCUGGA